CCCGCUCAGGGCUUGCUUUCCUCUGGACCUGGGAACUUCCUGCACUUUCACUCACCACCUGCCCUUCGCAGUGCUUUAGCAUGUGCACGGGAAAGUGUGCCCGCUGUGUGGGGCUCUCCCUCAUCCCCCUCUCCCUCAUCUGCAUCGUGGCCAACGCCCUCCUGCUGGUGCCUAACGGAGAGACCACCUGGACCAAUCACCUCAGCUUGCAAGUCUGGCUCAUGGCGGGCUUCAUCGGCGGGGGCCUGAUGGUACUGUGUCCAGGAAUUGCAGCUGUUCGCGCUGGGGGCAAGGGCUGUUGUGGUGCAGGCUGCUGUGGAAAUCGCUGCAGGAUGCUCCGCUCCGUCUUCUCCUCGGCAUUCGGGGUGCUUGGUGCCAUAUACUGCCUCUCGGUGUCGGGAGUCGGGCUCCGAAUUGGACCCAAAUGCUUAAUGAACGGCGAGUGGAGCUACCACUUCGAAGAUACCUCAGGUGCUUACUUGGUCAACCGGACUCAAUGGGAUUUGUGCGAGGAGCCGCCUCACGUGGUCCCCUGGAAUGUGACACUCUUCUCCUUGCUGGUGGCCGCCUCAUGCCUAGAAAUCGUGCUGUGUGGGAUACAACUGGUGAAUGCGACCAUUGGUGUCUUCUGUGGCGAUUGCAGGAGAAAGGAGGGCGCCCCUCACUGAGGCUCCACUGACCAUCCUAUUACACCUGCUGGUUUGUUUGUGGACACCCGCCUGGCACCCCCAUGCCCUGGUUCAC